ACUUAGAUAGGAUUGAAUUGAAAGCUCUAAGUCUAUCAAUUCUAAAAUGGCAGCCAAAAUUGAUGCAACUUUGGGAUCAUACGACCGCAUGAAGGAAGUGAAAGAAUUCGACGAGUCGAAGAUGGGAGUCAAGGGCCUCUCUGAUUCUGGCAUCAUGACCAUCCCUCGUAUUUUCGUCCACGACCCUCAAACCUUAUCCGACCUCAAACCCUCAUCCAAAAACACCACAACCCCCAUCCCCACCAUCGACCUUUCUCACAUCAACUCCCCCGCUCACCGCCACAAAAUCGUUGACCAUGUGAAAUCCGCCGCUAAAACCUUUGGCUUCUUCCAUGUCAUUAACCACGGUGUGCCUGUCUCCGUUUUGGAUGAAACGGUCAACACUGUCAAAGCGUUCCAUGAGCAGCCCCAUGAAGACAGAGCCAAGCACUACAAGAGAAAUGAAGGAAAGGGAGUCAUGUAUGCUACCAAUACCGACUUGUACCGCACAUCGGCCGCAAGCUGGUGUGACUCACUACAAGUGUGGAUGGCCCCGGAGAGGUUGCAGGCGGAGGAGAUACCUGAGGUGUGUCGGGAAGGGGUGGUUGGAUGGGAUUUGCAUGCAACUAAGGUGGCGGAUGACGUGCUGGAGUUGCUUUCGGAAGGGUUAGGGUUGGAGCGAAGGAGGUUUAAGGAGUUAACGUUUUCAGAUCAAAGGUUGCUGGUGGGGCAUUGCUAUCCUUAUUGUCCCCAACCAGAUCGGACGGUGGGGAUUAAGGCGCAUACUGAUGGUUCGAUUCUGACGGUUCUGUUGCGGAACCAUGUUCCUGGGUUACAAGUUAAGCAUGAGAACGAGUGGCUGGAUGUGGAACCUGUGCCUGGAGGUUUGAUUAUUAAUGUUGGAGACAUGCUACAGAUAAUCUCCAACGGGGAAUAUAAAAGUGUGGAACACAGGGUGUUGGCCAACUCUUGGAAAGAACCUCGGAUCUCUAUUGUGAUAUUUUUCAGCCAAACCAAAUGGAGAGAAGGUGGCUACUGUGGACCUCUGCCGGAGCUUUUGUCACCUGAGAAACCACCAAUCUAUCGAGACUUCACUGAACAAGAAUUACGGGAAAAUUUCUACAGCAAAGGACUAGAUAGCAAGUCUAUGGUUGAUAAACUCACAAUAAAAAAUUGAGAUGGGUUGUUAAUCUCUCUUCCACCAUGUUUGUAAUUAUAUCCCCUAGUAAUAUUUUAUAUAUAUAUAUAUAUAUAUAUAUAUGCAACUGGUUUGCAACAUGCUUUUUAAGGUUUGUAAUAUAAUUAAUAAAAGUUUGGGGAUAUAUUUCCAAUA